AUGCUGAGCCCAGCAUCGCCUUCGAAAAAAUGCACAAUCUGUGUUAGACCGGCAUUUGGUAAAAAUUAUGGGAGUUUGUCAUGUGAUGCCUGCAAAAUGUUUUUUAGAAGAUGUCUUUUGUUGGAUUUACAAUUCAAUUGUAGAAGGAGUAAGCGGUGUUUUGAAAAUUUAACCGAAAACUCGAAAACUCCGCAUUGUAAAUUUUGUCGAUUUCAAAAAUGCCUGGAAACCGGAAUGUUCAUCAAACCGUCGGCAAUUCUAACAAACGAUUGUAAAACUGACAACACGUUAGACAAAAUAAUAGGACAAUUGCUAUAUUUGGAUUCUAGAAGAACCACGAUUUUGAUGUCAAAAUUUUCAUUUGAGAAUCCUGGAUUAACAGAUAUAAUCGAAAAGAAAAAAAUAGGGAUUGUGACGCAAACACCGACUUACCAAUUAACUGACGAAGAUUGGCGAUUCUUUGGGAUGUAUACAACUGUCGAUUUUUUAUUGAACUUGGAUUUUAUGGAGAAAUUGGAUGUGGAAGAUAAGAUUACCCUUCUCAAAAGCUUUGCCGCCAAAGCCACAAUGCUAUUCACCUCGUUGAAAACAAUGCGUGGGAAAAAUGAAAAACUUGUGACGCCAGGUGGCCAUGAAAUUGUACCUGAUGCAUUGAGCGAAUUUUUCGAUGUCUCGCUAGAAUUUCUACGCCAAAUUCGAAGUCUACUGGUUAACAAGUUCAUUGAACUGAACAUCACUAAUGAGGAGUUGCUCCUUGUCACCGUUAUACUUUUUUGUGAUCCUGCCAUCUCCACUCUAUCUGAAAAUUGUGCGGCUAUCGUCACUUCCAAACGAGGAGCCUACACAUCUGCUUUAUUCCAAUAUUGUCAAUUAAUUUAUCAAGCUACUGGACACACUAGAUUCCUGGAUCUUCUUUCUAUAUGUCACGUGGUGAACAAGAAUAUGGAGGAUAUACAAAAUUUGACUAUUAUCGUAAAGAUGAAGCUACAGUUAGCGGAGUGUAAGCAAUUGUUUAAUGAUAUUAUUUGA